CCCCAAAGUUUUUUCUUCUUGCUGAAUCAAAAUGGCUGAUCGCGAACAAACCCCCAAAUCCCCGGUUAAAAUAAUCGGUUGGAUCUUACCGAGAACUAUCUCCACGGCUCUAUGCAAGUGUUUGAGUGGCAUUGAGGGAAUGGAAAUAUGGUUUGAACGGUUUUCACGGGCGUACGUUGUGAAGAAUGAGUACGAGAAACAGACGGGUGAUAAAAUGCCCCUGGAAUAUGAGGGUAAUGAAGACAAGGUACGGGAAGCUAUCAAGUUGUUUGGACGUUUCAUUGGAACUGACAGUCAGUUAGUCCCAGAACGAAUGGUAUACGGAAAUGUGAAGAAGGACAUUAAACGGUCCACUAGCAAGUACAUAUUUGUCAAAGAAGCGUAUCUCGUUUUUGAAGACAAGGCAACUCGACCACACCUACCUUCCGGAUUCAAACAUGUAUUCUUCAUUCGGGAUCCUUACAGAUUGUUUACUUCCUACAGAAAAGCCAUUUACAAACAUCUUACAAACGUUGGUAUCCGGACGGGGGAUCCAGACGACGAGGAGGCCUUCGACAUUGAAUACGACGACCCAAUCAUGAAACCUAACGAGUUCUACAGCGGAACUUUAGAAUUCUUGAAAUACGUUCGUGACAACUUGGACCCCUAUCCAAUCGUUAUCAACACAAACGAUCUGUUGGCCGACCCUGCGAAGGUGCUGAAGAAGUUCUGUCACCUGACCGGUCUUCCAUACAGUGAUUCACUACUUCAUUGGGAUGCCUCUCCGGAUAUCACCAAGACCUGGAAGACAGCGAGUGACGACAUCAUGAAGUUGUCCAUUCCCUUCUUUGAAACGGCAGUCCUCUCAGACGGGUUUCUCCCGCUAAAACCAACCGUUCCAGUAGAAAAGAUGCCACGGGAUGUUAUCCGACUUGCCAAGCAAGCUAUGCCCUAUUACGAAGAACUGAAUAAGAUAAAAAUAUGAAUAAGAAAUCUGAAACAUUCGUCGACUAAUGAAAGGAUGUAGAUCGUUGUAGAACAUAAAUAUUUUCAUGAAAAAAAACCCUUCCAAAAUUUAGCCACACGUUAAUUUCCCCCUUCUCUUUUUUGUAAUGUAUGUAUGUUAUGGAACUUUUAAUUGUAUUACUAAGGUCUCAUGUUUGAAAAAAAAUAUCAUAUUAAAUUUGCGCAGAAACUUUCAAGACACAUGUAACUGUGGCUGAAAAAAAUCAACAACAUGAUUUAUAUUUUCUGAUGGCGUCUCCCAUUGUAACAUAUGUAGUCUGUGGAAUAAAAUUCGGAUGGUGAUCCAGCAUUUUCACUAUUUGAAGCCUUAUAUGAUGACUAUCUGGUACAAUUUACCCGGGGCUUCAUUUUCGCAACAUAACAAAUAGUAAUAACAAUUCUGACUAUACAUCUCAGAUUGUUUAAUAUUGAUGUAUUUUCAAAUCAUGUCUCAGGAUUACGAUAGAAUGAGACUGUAUGGUUUGAUGGUUCAAAAUAAUGUAAUACUUUGAUAUUGAGCUUCUUAAUAGUAAUCGAACACUUAACUUUGUUACAUGAUUUCAUUUAUAUUCUUAUGUAAAUGUAAUCAUGUUCUCAUGAUUUUAUCUGUGUUAGAUCGUGUAACUUUCAUAUUUUCAAAGUCUAUUAUACCCCUUUCCACAAAUGGUAGAUGGCGAUUGACCAUUACCAUACACUCUCCGAUAUGCAGCCUCCAUAUCUUGUUCGAUUGUGUAAUUGAAAGUGAAGACCUUUUUUUUCUUGCAAAAUUUUGUCAUGGAAAAAAUUUCCCUAAAUUUUGGUUGAAAGCCUUUUUCAUUUAUUUUUUUUGCUUGUCAACUUUAUCCUCGGGAAAAUGUACCCCCUUUCUAAAAUACUGGAUCCGCCCCUGUUUAUCGCUAUGUGGUAUUUUACUGUUUAACCUCUGUGUGUUUGUAAAUAAGGGGAUAUCUCUUCACAUAUUCUGCUUCUUAUUUGACCUUCAUCUCAUAGUAUGUAUGCCUGUAC